CAUGAAUCAUAAUAAUGAUAAAUGUGCUUAAUUGACCAAUCCCCAUGAUUCUGUUACUAGACCGAUAUUAGUGGUUGUCAAUCUAGCUGUCGGGAUUUUAACUAUUACAACAUGUGUUGUUAUUGUAGUUUUAAAGUGGAAAAAGUAAGUGGACCACUUUACCCCGGCUACGGGGUAAAGUGGGACACAAGACCACUUUUUUAAAAACGAUCAUAUUUUCACUGCCCUUUGUCCUGAAGACAUUCUGAUAAUUUCCAUUGCUAGAAAGCAUUCUGAAUUAAUGGGAAAUGUGUAAAUUUUACUGAUAUAUCAUUUUAGCUCGCCUAGAGGGGAGCAAAUGUAUAAAAGGUCCCACAUUACCCGCUCUCCCCAACCAUGAAUUAUUUGGGAAAAUGUUAAAAGUAAAUGGAUCCACUGCCGGAUCUGAUUUGGCACCAAGGUUGUAUGUGUUCUUCUUACCUCAUGUCCAAGUUUUGUGGAAAGUUGCUCAGUUGUCUUAGCCUUAUCUUUCUCACAAAUAAACAGACAAACAAAAAUAAGUAUGAGUAAAAAUAAGUUUAAAAAUAACUUCCUCGAUGGCGAAAAUAUGUUUUAAAUAAAUGAUACUGAAGCUGCAAAGUCCCAAAUCACACACUGUUUUAAUGUUAGUCCAUCAUAUGGAAUAUCUAGGUGUAUGUUUUUGAUGGAAAGGAGAAUAUUGCUCUCUUCAGUGGAACUUCAGUGGAAAAAUUGCAUGGGUGUGUGUGUUUGGCAAAGUGUGUGUGGGCGUGUGUGCUUGUUUGUGCAUGUCUCAAUUUCCGUAUUCUCAUGUGUAGCACACACUGCUCACCCAUUCUGUUCAGAGAGAGCUAUCACAUAAAACACAGACACUAAGAGGAGAAGACCACAGACGGUGAGUGGCUGAAUCCCCCCCAGCUUCCAGCAUUUUAUGAGUUGAAAAGAGCAAAUACAUCUUCAGAGAUGGACGGCUGCUGUUGAUGUCUCAGAGGAAAUUUGUUAAGCAUCAGUGUGCUGAGAUAAUGGAUGCAUCCCGACUUCUCAUCCUCAUCUUUGUGGUGAUGUCAACAUUUGAAUGUUCAGGGUCAGAUACAGCAGAGCUCCAGUGUGAGGUCAAUAGUGAGACCAUAUACCUGGUUGAAGGAGAAGCGUUAUAUUUUGUCCAUGAAGCUCCGGCUGAGAGCACCUUAUCAAACCAAACGUUAAAAUGGUACAAAAACAACUCCAGGAUUGAAUAUAUCUCGUAUGACGAGAAAGAGAGGAUACAUCUCCAUGGUGGAGCGAUAUUCUUCUUAAAUGUUGUCCCCGGGGACUCUGGCCUCUACACUGCCCGGCUUGAACGCCAAAACGGAGAGUGCAACAACUACAUUGUAGAAGUUAAGGUCUUUGAAGCGAGUGAACGAGAGAACCACAAACUCCUGUACGGAGAAAUCAAGGACUCCGACCAGAACAAGAAUGUUGAAUGUCCAGAUCGUGCCAAAGAAACAUGUAUCAAGUUUGGAGGAAACUACACCUGGUACAAGGACUACAGUCUGCUUCAAGGUCACCAUAAAGACAACAUGUGGAUUCAAAAUUCCAGCAAACAAGAUGAGGGCGUCUACACUUGCAUUUGUACCUGGAGGCACAAUGACAGGCUGUACAACACGUCAGGCUCACGGAGGCUAUAUGUUUUAGAUACAAAGUCUUACCCUGAUGUAGAAAUCCUCUCUCCUUUAAACAAGGAGCAGUUUGCAGAUGAAAGCCUGGAGCUCAAGUUGAACUGCACAGUUGAAUGUGGAAGGAAUGUUAAAGAUGUUUGUACAGCUAGCUGGUAUGUUAAUGGAAACCAAGUCAACCAGAUGGCCGGAUACAAUCAAACCAUCAAACAAAUCAUGGAGAUGCCUUCAAAGACCACCAUCACCACUGCGAUCCUGACCAUUAAAAAAGUGUCAGCAAAGGAUUUUCGGGCUGAAUUCAAAUGCAGAGGCAUAGGUUCUUACACAGCCAAAUCAGCCACUUUAACGCUGAAGCGGAGAGCGUCAAUAACUUCGUUGGUCAUUAGAGCCGUGUGUGUGCUGCUCGUGUGUGUGUUUGCUGCUGUGCUGGUGAAGUGCUUUGCUGUCGACCUCGCACUCUUGUUCAGACCCUGCUUCCACCUGAGAAGUCACGAGAAAGAUGCGAGGAUGUACGACGCUUACGUGGUGUACCAGAUGCAGAAGAUGGACAAGGUCACAGAGAACACACUCUGUCAGUUCAUCACACAGGUUCUACCCUCCGUCCUGGAGGAAAAGUGUGGAUAUCGACUCUUCAUCCAAGGGAGGGAUGACAUACCUGGAGAAGACCACAUGGAGCUGGUGGAGAACAACAUGAAGCAGAGCAGGAGACUGAUGGUGAUCCUCACCCCAGGUUCAGGAUCAGGCUGUGAAAUGACUGAUCAACAUCCCGACUCGCUCUGUGAUUCAGUGAUAGGAGGGUUUGACUGGCAGGUUGGGCUCCACCAUGCUCUGGUGCAGAGGGAGAUGAGUGUGAUUCUGAUCCAGCUGGGAGACACUGGGCCACAGGGAUACACACACCUCCCCAUUGGCCUGCAGCAUUUGAUUCGAAAAAGCGCCCCCAUCAGGUGGCCAGAUGUUUCGCGUAAUGCUGCUGCGCGUAACUCACGCUUCUGGAAGAGAGUUCGAUACCUGAUGCCGGCCACACCUGCUAAGAGGUGUCCACAGUCUGCUCUUAUUUGAGAUAAAGAAGAGUUGUCUGGUGUUUUUACAGGAUCUCACUGCUCACUUUUUAUUUUAGGAGACUCAUCAAUGUGCUGCUGUUUGUGUUUAUCAUGCUUUUUUGGGGAAUUUUGUGAUAUUCACUGCUCUCUCCUAAUGACUUGAAGUUGCCCAGGUAGUCUGAGUCCUUUACUGUUUUGUUUUGAACUUUUAUCGUAAAAAGUUGUGAAUGUCCUAGGGGCAGCAUCUUACAGAGGCUACACAUUCAUAUCCAUUCCUUAUUGUUCAAGUAUUAAACCAAUAUGGUGUGUUUAAAUACAGAGUAUGUAGUUCUGUACAAUGUUAUUAUUCUAAAGAAAAAGGGUGAGAAGUUGUAAGAAAAUACUUUUAUAUGUUUUGAAUACCACAAAUUAUUUUAUUUCAUAGUCAAGUAAUAGUUUCUUGUGCUUUGUCCUUUUUUUCUUGUUAACAUGACCAUUUGUUUUGGUUAGAUAAAUAUAAUAUUAAUAUAGAGUAUUUUUUUUAAAUGAUAAAUAAUUUUUAUAGGGUUUUCUUAUACUGUUGGAUUGACCUUUUGACCUUUUAAUAAAUAUUUCUUGAUUUUUAA